UGGCCCGCCCCCCCUCCCUCUCCUCUCUCUUCCCCUCCUCCUCCCCUCUCCGCCCCACCCCCGCGUCUCCGGCGAGGGCUCAGGCCGCGGCCCCCCGUCGACUCGCGCACCUUCUCCGGCAGAGCGCCUCCUCGGCGGAAACAGCGGUCUCGCGGGAGCUCCCUUCCCCUCCCCCAAGGUCUGCGGCGCCGGAUUGGCCUCAUCAGCUCGAAGAUCUCGAUUUUGUUUCCAAGGAAGGAAGGGCUCCUCGUCGCAAAUCUCGAUCUGUGGACUGGUGGGCAGAAAGACUCGCCUUUUAUGGGGCAACCCCGUGAGAAGCCCGUGCCAUGAUUGGGGCAUCAGGGGAGGAGAGGCAGUGGUAGGAGGUACAGCAGGAGGCAGGAGCAGAAGAGCAGGCAAGGAUAGGCAGGACCAAGGAAAAGGAGAGGAGGGAGCUCUCCAUGGGAGGAGAGCCCCUCCUCACCUCCCUCUCCAUGGAGAACAGCAACAGCCAUCCCUGCACCCUCCUCUCCAUGGACCCCGCGGGGUCGCACCCGGCCUCAGCCGAGUCCUCCGGCGGCGGCGGCGCCGGCGCCGUCAACGGGGUCGGCGCCAGUGCUGACAGGGAGCUCUUCAUCAUUCCGCGGCAUGAGUCUGUGCGUCAAGGCCCGCCGGACAUCAACGUCCCGCUGUCGGCAGACCCCUCCCCGCCGCCUGCAUUGUGGAGCCUCGACACGUUUGACAUUUUCGAUGUCGGCCUUGGCACGCACACUCAUGAGUCUGAGGUUGCGCUGACGCUUCCAAAGUCGAGCGGCAACGGCAGUGCUGCAGUCGGCGUCGGCGCGAGGAAGUGCGCUAAGAGGGGGGACAGCAUUUGGGGAGCUUGGUUCUUCUUCAAUCACUACUUCAGGCCUGCACUUGUGGAGAAGGCAAAGGAGAAGGUGACGCGGGACGCGUCUGGGAGCAUCACCGGCUUUGACAAGUCCGAUCUCCGCCUUGAUGUCUUCCUGGUGCAGCAUGACAUGGAGAACUUGUACAUGUGGGUUUUUAAGGAACGGCCUGACAAUGCCCUUGGGAAGAUGCAGCUCCGUAGUUUCAUGAAUGGGCAUUCCAAGCACGGGGAGCCAUCUUUUCCAUUCAGUGCGGACAAGGGCUUUUCAAGGUCGCACCGCAUGCAGCGAAAGCACUACCGUGGUCUGUCCAACCCACAGUGCCUUCAUGGCAUUGAGAUUGUGAACUCACCAAACUUGUCGGCAGUUCCUGAGGCUGACAUGAAGAGGUGGGCUGAGCUUACAGGAAGGGACCUUAAUUUCUCAAUACCGGCUGAAGCGAGUGACUUUGAGUCAUGGAGAAAUCUUCCAAGCACUGAUUUUGAACUUGAUAGGCCACAGCCAGCAGCGUCAAAGGGCGUCGCACAUACCUCUCAUAAUAAUAAUCACAAGAAGGCACUGAAUGGUUCAGGUCUGAACCUAUCUACACCGCCGUCAUCAGACGAUGGGAUGGACCUUUCACCAAAGUGCCACAAACGCCGCAAGGACUUCUUUGGUCAUGGCGUAGAAGAGGAUUGUGCGAUGGCCAAUAAUUCCUGUUCUGAGAGAGAGCAAGAGGUAGAAGUCCACACUGGUGAGCCGUCAUGGAUGCAUGACUUCACUGGUGUGGCAAAGCACGCAAGUGGGCCUGUUACUGCUGCCAAGACUAUAUACGAGGAUGAUGAAGGCUACCUGAUAAUGGUGAGCAUGCUCUUAUCCGAUCCACACAGCGUGAAGGUCACCUGGAGGAACACGCUGACGCAUGGCGUCGUGAAGAUAACAUGUGUGAGCACCGCCCGGAUGCCCUUCAUUAAGAGGCACGACAGGACCUUCAAGCUGACCGACCCUUCCCCUGAGCACUGCCCUCCAGGCGAGUUCGUGAGGGAGAUACCUCUGGCCACAAGGAUCCCAGAGAACGCCAAGAUCGAAGCGUAUUAUGACGAGACCGGUACUGGACUGGAGAUCAUGGUACCAAAGCACCGGGUCGGGCCGGAGGAGCAUGAAGUCCAGGUUUGCAUGAGGCCCCCGCAUCUUGGCGACAAUGAUCUCGUUUUAUCAUAAUAGAACAGGAAAAAAAACAUUUUAGCCUCUUACUAGGUUCAUCCGGUGUCAUGCCAUGAGACACCGGAGCAUAGCAGCAAAGCUAUCAUCAUGCCUGGAUCAAAAAUCGGAAAUUUUCUUUUGGCGCUGAACAUUAGUCGCACUUAUCUGUCUGUCUGUCUCCCUUAGGCGGAAAAUUACCUCUUCCUCCUCUGUUAAUUCCCCUCUGUACUUUCUUUCUAUACAGGUGCUACAUCACUACAUUGGUGGUGAUCCCCUUGACUAUUCCUUUCUGUGAAACAUGGCAAAGCUAAUAGUACUCGUAUAUAUUCUGUCCCUGUA